UGCUCGUUCACAUUCAAGUGAUCCUCAUGGCGAUCAUUUCCUGUCUUAUAUCAGAAAAUGACGCAAAUGAUAUAUACACCUUCAAAAAGGGAGAUGAUAGCAUAUUUUACUACAAAUAUUACUACUAUGCAGAGGAGGCAGCUAAAAGUAAAAUGAGUACAGGUCAGAUUGUAGGAUUAGUUUUAGGAAUCAUAGGGGGCAGUCUUGUGUUUGUUUUCAUCUGUGUAUGCUGCAUUGUUUGGUGUGUCCGUAGUAGUGAGCCUAGAGGAGCUGUCCCAGGGCGCAUGUCAAAUUUCAACCUUUCUCCACAGACUCGGAUGAGGGAACGUAUGAUAGGAGCUCCGAGUAGGAUAGGUGAAUUGAGAAUUGUUCGGAUUUUUGGAAUUCAUGUACAAAGACCGGAAGAAUCCACAGCGACAGCAAAUACCACAACGCCGCCUGAUUACAGCGAAGUCAUGAACAAUCAGCCACCAUCUUAUGACGAAGCUACCUCUGAUGGAUUAGUUAAUCCAGGUUUUGGGUUGUCGAAUCCAAGUAGUUCUUCUCAUUUCCAGGAUACAAGAACAAUCGGCUCUAAUGCAUAAUAAUGGUGACAUUUACGAGAGGGAGAGAGAGAGAGAGCUUUUAUAUGAUAUUCGAACCAAUAAUGCAUUUUUCAUCAAAACGUAACCAUGACACAUGAACAAAACUUUGUUAGUGAAAAGAAAAUCAAUGUUUAUUUGUUUGGAAAAUUUACUUGUUGUAUUAAGUGUUUGUACUGUCUCAAAAGCGGCUGAGCAUACGUACCAUAUUUUUACUCGUAAAUUUGAUUUGGCGGUGAGGCAACAGCAUCUCUAUGCUCUACGAGCAAUGAGCUCGUCUAAAAAUGGGGAAUUACUUUCUGGUCGGUAUAUUUUCAUUUCUGAUCAGAAAUUGCAAACUUUAGGAACUGU